CAAAACGCGCCCCAGCCCAAGGGAUGUAACUCUUGCACGCACUGUGCUGUCGUGGUCUUGACAAUCAAAUGUAAACAACAUGGCGGAUUCAACGCAAGUUGGUGUUACGGAAGAUAUCGCCGAUGCUGCGAAGGCUGAAAUAGAGAAGGCUAUGAGUCUGGCACUAAAGGGAAUUACGAGUUUAGACGACGGCAACUCCGAAGAUACGUCCAGGGUUGUCAAAGAAGAGGUCGUUUACAUGGAACCGAUCCAAGAUCCAUAUGGCAAAGCAAUCAAGUAUUUGGAACAGCACAAUAUCCUUCAGUUAUUCCAGUCACUAACCACGAACAUCGUGUACAGAAAACCAGAGGACCCCUUAGCCUACAUGAUGAAGGAAGUGAAGAAAAUGCAGAAACAGAAACAAGAAUCAUAAAGUGCUGUUUCAUGUUACAUGGUUGUGGAAUCUGGAGUUAGAGAAAUGGCCACAUAAAACUGCCAAAAAUGAACAGGAGAUUAUCAGGAAGUAAUGAAGUGAUAUGUUAUCACAUUCCUGUGGGUCGUUUAAGCAAUUUAUGUCUUUCAAUGUGUACAUACUAGUUGUUAAAGCAGUAUUGUCUGACUAUACUGAUGAUCCUGAAGAGGUGAAGACUUUCUCGAAAAGGAUGGACUAGACGUGUGUGUGUUCGUGUGUGUGUAUAUUGUGUAUUAAUUUAUAUGUACAUUUGUAUAUAGAGGAUACUUAAUGAAUAAUUGAUAUAUUUAGAAAGUAUAAUCCCAACAUCUGUCAGUAAGAUGAGGCACAAAUUGGAAAUGUGAAUUUGGAUUCUGUCAUACUAGUUUAACAUAUUUGGAAUUUAAUAAAAAAAAUCCAUUAAAGAUUAUAUUAAACUUAUGAAAGUACAGCAAUGAUGAAAAAAAUAUACAAAUGUUUCUUGCUUCAUUAGUAAAAUAUUUCAUUCAAAAACUUUAUAGAUUGAAAUAAUCCUAAAGACAAAAUCUACUGUAAGUGGUGAAAUGUGAUAAGAUACACAGGGGACUGUUUCUAAGCCACUGUCCAUGUAAUAAAUAUAAUUGGACUAGGAAAUUAAGCCAAGUCCCUGUGAUAAGAUAUAUACACCUCAUCACUUUAUCAUUUUAGUUUAAUUUUGCUUCUCACAAAAUCAUUUUACUGCCAAUUUUACUUGUGGUUUUUUGGAUACCUUGUGUUAGUAAUACAUUACUGUACAUUAUUAAAAAUAAUAGAUCAUAAUUUUCAUGUAAGGCAAUGUCUGUUAAAGAACAUAUAUAUAUACCUAUUCAUUAAAUGUAUGUCUUCUU